GGCUGUAGAGAGGGGGCUGAUCCCUACAAAUCCCGCCUCUCUCUCUAGUCUUCACAUCCCAAAAAGAGAGCCAGAGAGACGGAGAGCAGAGGCAGCCUACAGCCCUGCUGCUGCCAGAGCUGAGAGAGCUGCUGUUGGGAUGCCCUGGACAGGCAGCCCCCCCCUGCUCCCAUGCCUGCUGCUGCUGGCUGGGGCGGUCCUGCUACUGGGAGAGGGGCAGGAAUUCCUGGAUUACCCCUAUGAUCUGGAGGAGCUGGAGGAAAACAUUGACUACAAGGACCCCUGCAAGGCUGCUGCUUUCUGGGGCGAUAUUGCCCUGGAUGAAGAGGACUUGGCCAACUUCAAGAUAGAUCGGAUUGUGGACUUAAGGAACAGAACAAUAUCUUCAGUGUCCCGUGCUGCUAGGAAUGGCUCGUCAAAGACCGGCAGACGUGGACGUACAGACAGAAGGGUGUCUCGUGGCAGGCGAGCUGCUACCUCUCGGCCGGAGCGAGUGUGGCCAAAUGGGAUUAUUCCGUAUGUUGUCAGUGGAAACUUCACUGGCAGUCAGAAAGCCAUAUUCCGGCAAGCAAUGCGUCAUUGGGAAAAGCACACGUGCGUCACCUUCCUGGAGAGGACAGACGAGGACAGCUACAUAGUGUUCACUUACCGACCUUGCGGAUGCUGCUCCUAUGUGGGAAGACGUGGAGGAGGCCCUCAAGCUAUCUCCAUUGGAAAGAACUGUGACAAAUUUGGGAUUGUUGUUCAUGAGCUGGGUCAUGUCAUAGGAUUCUGGCAUGAGCACACCAGGCCAGAUCGGGACGACCACGUGUCUAUCAUUCGGGAAAACAUUCAGCCGGGACAGGAGUAUAACUUCCUGAAAAUGGAGCCAGAAGAGGUGGAGUCUUUAGGAGAGAUCUAUGACUUUGACAGCAUCAUGCACUAUGCUCGAAAUACUUUCUCCAGAGGGAUUUUCCUAGACACAAUCCUACCACAAUAUGAAGUCAAUGGAGUGAAGCCAUCUAUAGGACAGAGAACCCGACUCAGUGCUGGAGAUAUUGCACAAGCUAGAAAGCUGUAUCAUUGUACAGCCUGUGGGGAGACUUUGCAGGAAAGUCAAGGGAACUUCUCGUCUCCAGGUUACCCGAAUGGCUACUCUGCAUAUGUGCACUGUGUGUGGAGACUGUCCGUCACGCCCGGGGAGAAGAUAAUGCUGAAUUUUACCUCUUUGGAUGUGUACCGUAGCCGGCUCUGCUGGUACGACUACAUCGAGGUCAGAGAUGGACACUGGAAGAAAGCCCCACUCAUCGGCCGUUACUGUGGCGACAAGAUCCCAGAGCCAAUUAUAUCCAGCGAUAGUAGAUUGUGGAUUGAAUUUCGGAGCAGCAGCAACUACGUGGGGAAGGGCUUUCAUGCUGUGUAUGAAGCCCUGUGCGGGGGGGAACUGAAGAAGGAUAAUGGUCACAUCCAGUCCCCGAACUACCCAGACGAUUACAGACCCAACAAGGCCUGUGUGUGGAAGCUGCGCGUGUCUGAAGGGUUCCACAUUGGAAUCACAUUUCAGUCUUUUGAGAUUGAGCGCCAUGACAGCUGUGCGUAUGACUAUCUAGAGAUUCGGGAUGGCAACACCGAAACAAGCCCCCUGAUUGGCCGCUUCUGUGGCUAUGACAAACCAGAUGACCUCAAGAGCUCCAGCAACCAGCUGUGGGUUAAAUUUGUAUCUGAUGGCUCCAUCAAUAAAGCUGGCUUUUCCAUCAACUACUUCAAAGAGGUAGAUGAGUGUUCCCGACCUUAUAAAGGAGGCUGUGAGCAGCGCUGUGUGAACACGCUUGGCAGCUACAAGUGCGCUUGUGAGCCAGGAUACGAGCUUGCCCCAGACAAGAAGUCCUGUGAAGCGGCCUGCGGUGGUUUCCUGACCAAACUGAAUGGUUCCAUCACCAGCCCAGGGUGGCCCAAGGAGUACCCACCCAACAAGAACUGCGUCUGGCAGCUGGUGGCACCCACACAGUUCCGCAUCUCGCUCAAGUUUGCUCAGUUUGAGACGGAAGGAAAUGAUGUCUGUAAAUAUGAUUACGUGGAAGUUCGGAGUGGCCUGACGGCAGAUUCUAAACUUCUCGGAACAUUUUGUGGCACAGAGCUCCCCCCGGUGAUCACAUCGCAGUACAACAAUAUGCGCCUAGAGUUCAAAUCUGAUAACACUGUCUCCAAGAAGGGGUUCCGGGCUACUUACUAUUCAGAUAAAGAUGAGUGUUCUCGGGAUAAUGGGGGCUGCCAGCACGAGUGCACCAACACUCAGGGCAGCUAUUCCUGCCAUUGUCGGAGUGGUUUCGCCCUGCAUGAGAACAAGCAUGACUGCAAAGAGGCCGGCUGUAACCACAAAGUGAGCGCCAGUAAUCAGAACAUCUCCAGCCCUAACUGGCCGGACUCCUACCCCAACAAAAAGGAAUGCACGUGGCAGGUGACCGCCACCCCAGGGCACAGAGUGAAACUGGUGGUAAAGGAUGUGGAUCUGGAGUCCCACCAGGAAUGUAUGUAUGAUCAUGUUGAAGUGUACUCUGGCGGAGAUGCCCAGUCUCCCGUCCUCACGCGUUUCUGUGGCAGUAAGGUCCCGGAUCCCGUUAUCGCCCCAGGAAGCAGCAUGUUCCUGAAAUUUGUGUCUGACAACUCGGUGCAGAAAAAGGGAUUCCUGGCAGAGCUUACAACUGUGUGCGGAGGGACACUGCAGGCAGAAGUUCGCACUAAGGACCUAUACUCCCAUGCCAAAUUUGGAGAUGACAUACACCCGUCGGCCUCUGAGUGUGUGUGGCACAUAGUGUCGGAGGGACGUUAUGGAGUGGAGCUGGUCUUCCAGAGCUUCGAGCUGGAGGAAGAGCAGGACUGUGGAUACGAUUACAUAGAGUUGUAUGAUGGUCCAAACGAGAAUGCCCCCAGGAUGGGGAGAUACUGCGGGUCAGGGCCCCCGGAGGAAGUGUACUCGACUGGCGAAUCUUUGACAAUCAGAUUCCACUCCGAUGACUCCAUUAACAAAAAGGGAUUUCACAUCCGAUAUACCAGUACUAAAUUCCAGGACACUCUGCACGUCCGCAAGUGACCCACCACCAGCUCUGACCCCUGCCUCGUUGUAUCUGUGACCAAGUCUGUCUGUGGGGACGAAUCCUGGAAUGCAGGUCCCCCCAACAUAUGAUCUGUGGAUGUGUGUUACAAGCCGCGUCUCAUGGGAUAAAGGACAAGACGAGCCUCAGGGAUAUCCAAGGAUACAGACUGACAUUGGCAGAUGAACAUGAACUGUCUCUGAUACACUCACCCUGUUACAAUCAUACACACUCUCUGCCUGGAAUGCUCUGGCCCCGUGCCGAGGGCUGGUUAAGUAUUUAAUGGGGAACCUUUAAUCCUGUGAACUUUACUUCUGGGUCACAUUCCCCGGAGCCAGUGUGCUCGGGCUGACUUGAGACUUUCCUCUACUGUCCAAAAAUUGCCACUUUUUAUCCCCUUUUUAUCUUUCUCCUGCCCCCCUUCACACUGACCGUUUUGCACCUAUGAUCUAUCCAACCCCCGAAAUGUUAAAGAGUUUAUUAUUUCUGCUCAUAUCUUUAGCCUUUUAAAUGGUUUUCGUCAUUUUAUAGCCACUUCUCUGCUGCCGUCGGUCUUGGAAAUAUCUGGAUUUUCUCACUAAAGCCAUAUACAGGUUCCUGCCCCAGCCACUCGGUGAGUGCGUCUGCUGUGAAUGUGCAAGCUGUGGACUAAUUAAAGAUGGUCGCACUGUGAAUGAA